AGAUAACAAUUUUGGGUUUAGGGUUUCGGAUCUUAAUUCAUCCAAUGCUGACUAAUCGUGCAACACUCAUCCAACUACUCCGCAACUCAAUCCUCAAUGCGAAAACCCUAACAACCACCGCCACCGCGACCUCUUCUAACCGGGACGAGUACUUCACGGCAAUCCACCACGUGUCGAACAUCGUGCGGAAGGACUUCUACAUGGAGCGAACCCUCAACAAGCUCCGAAUAACCGUCACGCCGGAGCUGGUUUUCCGCGUCCUCCGCUCCUGCUCCAACUCCCCCGAUGAAUCCCUCCGCUUCUUCAACUGGGCCUGCUCCCACCACUCCACCUCCUACACCCCCACGUCCGUGGAGUUCGAACAACUCCUCAACACUCUCGCCCGCCACAAAAACUACAACACCAUGUGGAAACUCAUCCACCAGUUCAAGAACCCUAGCAACAGCACCGGCUCCAGCACCAUGUCCCUCUCCACCGAUGCCGUCUCCUCCAUCAUCGAAUGCUAUGGCACUCACCGCCUCGUUGACCAGGCUGUCCAGGUCUUUAACAAGUCGCCUUCACUCUUCAACUGUCCCCAAACUGUCGCCAUCUACAACUCCCUCCUCUUCGCCCUCUGCGAGUCCAAGCUCUUCCACGGCGCAUACGCCUUAAUACGCCGCAUGAUCCGCAAGGGCGUCUCCCCCGACAAGAGGACCUAUUCCACCCUUGUCAAUGCCUGGUGCUCCAAUGGGAAAAUGCGUGAGGCGCAGCAGUUCUUAAAGGAAAUGAGUGAUAAAGGAUUCAAUCCUCCUGUUAGGGGCAGAGACCUUCUUGUCGAGGGGCUGUUAAACGCAGGCUACUUUGAAUCUGCUAAGGAAAUGAUGAGGAAGAUGGUGAAGGAGGGCUCUGUCCCUGAUGUGGAAACGUUCAAUGUAUUGGUGGAAUCUGUGUGCAGAACAGGGCAAGUUGAGUUCUGUGUUGGGUUGUUUCGCGAAGUGUGUCAGUUGGGGAUGGUGCCCGAUGUUAACACCUACAAGGUUCUGAUUCCGGCUGUGUCAAAGGCCGGGUUGAUGGACGAGGCGUUUAGGCUGUUGCAUAAUUUGGUUGAGGAUGGGCACAGGCCAUUUCCUAGCUUGUAUGCUCCGAUCAUUAAGGCAUUGUGUAAGAGGGGACAGUUUGAUGAUGCGUUUUGCUUCUUUGGCGACAUGAAAGCGAAAGGGCAUCCCCCUAAUAGGCCUGUGUAUACCAUGCUGAUAACAAUGUGUGGUCGCGGAGGGAGGUUUGUGGAUGCUGCUAAUUACUUGAUGGAGAUGACUGAGAUGGGAUUGGUGCCAAUAUCAAGGUGUUUUGAUAUGGUUGCUGAUGGGUUGAAGAAUUGUGGGAAGCAUGAUUUGGCCAAGAGGGUGGAACAGCUGGAGGUUUCGAUCCGUGGGGUUUGAUGGAUCUCAGAGAGUCAGAAGCUUCCGUAUCAUUCAUUGUGUGGUGGCUGGUUAGCUUCCUGCUUGCUUGUGGCAGAUAUGAUGCUAUCUGCAUACAUUGAUUGUAGCUGGCAGGGUGUUGGAANAAAAGGAGUCUAAACAAUGCAACUAGACGAGAUUUUGAUAAGGCAUUGCAAAUCUGUUGAAUACCGUUUCAAGCACCCGCUGAUGUGGCUAGAAUAUGUUUAACCACCUCUAGGAGAGAAUGGUUAGUCCUGGAAUAAAUUAAAGUUUGAAUCAUUUGAAUCAUUCCCAUUCUGGCAUUCUUUGCUAAUGUUUUUACCAUAUUCCAACCAAAAGAGGCCUGGAGGGAGGCUGAAUUGCAGACGAGGGACCCAAAUCUUCCAUGUUCAUGGCAUAACUAUUGGAGCGUCUCUAAUCUUUUGGAGACCUUGUUUGAAUUGGCAGCUUUGAUGUAUGACUUUGGAAAUUCACACAUCUGGAUCAAACAGAAAUUACAUUUUUUUUUAUCGUCUUUAAUAUCCUGAUUGAAUUUCGUUUUCCAGCUUGUAAUUCUGCUGAAGAAAUGUUUAACUGCUUGUAAAAGUAAUAAUAUUUGUAGCUACAUGUAGCUUUAGAGCUCCUGUUUGUUUUUUGUAAUGAAAGGAAAAUAAUGUUACACAUUGUUGCAGCACUUUCUAUAGUUUCUAGGUAAAUCUAAAAACUUAAAAGAGAUUUAAGUUUGUCUC